CCAAGAAAACUAUAUAAUCUGGUAAAUAAAUCAAUUUUUUUUUCUCAUCAUAAAUUUCCUUAUAAUUGAAAAAGGAUAAUUUGUGAAAUAAGCAACAAGUUUAUUGCUUUUUUUUUUGUUGGAAUAAAUCUCAUUUUUCCAAUUUAUGAACACAUUUUUGGGUUUAGAGUUUAAAAAUUAAAGAAUGGAUUUUGGCGUUGGUGAUGUCGCUCAAACAUCGGCGGAGCUUGCUCGUGUUGUUGAGGUGAUGAUGUCGCCCAAUGUACCACAUCAACAACGUCUUGAAGUUUACAGUGCAUGCGAAAGAUUUAAAGAAUCAUCGCCAUUAUGCGUACAAUGUGGAUUGUAUCUUGCUCAAAAAUCACCAGAUCGCAAUUCAAUUGUACGUCAUUUUGGUUUACAAUUACUUGAGCAUUGUAUAAAAUAUAGAUGGACACAAAUAUCGCAAUCGGAGAAAAUUUUUAUUAAAGAAAAUUCAAUGAAAUUAUUACAAGAGGGUACUGAACCAUUAUUACAAGAGGAGGCACACAUUAAAGAUGCAUUGUCAAGGGUUAUUGUUGAAAUGAUAAAACGUGAAUGGCCACAACAAUGGCCAACAUUAUUGGCAGAAUUAAGUGAAGUUUGUACAAGGGGUGAAAGUCAAACUGAACUUGUUUUACUUGUAUUUCUUCGACUUGUUGAAGAUGUUGCAUUAUUACAAACAUUAGAAUCAAAUCAAAGGCGAAAGGAUAUUUAUCAGGCGUUAACAACAAAUAUGGCGCAAAUAUUUGCAUUUUUCCUGAGAUUAAUGGAACAACAUUUUUCUGAAUUUCAAAAACAAACGAAUCUUGGAAGAAAUACAGAAGCAGCGGCACACAGUGGCGUUGUUAGGGCGGUUUUGAAAACGCUGACAGGAUUUGUUGAAUGGGUUUCGAUAAAUCAUAUAAUGGCGGAUGAGGGUCGUCUAUUGCAGAUUCUUUGUCUACUUUUGGGAAAUCAAGUGUUUCGAUGUUCGGCAGCCGAAUGUCUUUUACAUGUUGUCGAUAGAAAAGGAAAAGCCGAUGAUCGAAAGCAAUUAAUGAUUUUAUUUACAGAAGAGGCACUUCGUUGUAUUUAUGUUGCAGCAACUGCUGCACCACCUCCUCCUGGACCCAAUGAUCUCUAUGAAAGUCAUUAUCUAUUCUUAAAGAAACUCACUCAGGUAUUAAUUGGAAUGGCAACGCAAUUAUGUUUAUUGUGGGGUAAAGACGAUAGUUCAGGAAUUCGUCCGACAAAUUUUAAUAUAUUUCUCGAUACUGUCAUUCAUUUUACAAUGCAUUCCAAUUUGACAUUAACGCAUUUAGCAAAUUCAAUUUGGAUAUUAUUCUUUAAGCAUGAGCAAAUAAAAAUUGAUUCAUUAUUAUUGACAUAUGUACCAAAAUAUAUUGAAAGCACUGGACCAAAAUUAAUAAAAGUCACAUAUUCAAAUGGAAGACAAGCAAAUGGAACAUCGGCAUUGUAUUUUGAUUCUGAUUAUGAUACUGAGGAGGAAUUUAAAAUAUUUUUCCAUCGUUUUCGAAUGGAUUUAUUGGAGGGUUUUCGUAAUGCAACAAUGGUUGCGCCAUUGGUGACAUUUGCUUAUGUUCAACAUUGGUUAACGGCAAAAAUUACCAAGGGAAUGAAUGAUAUUGGAUAUAAAUGCGAUCCAAAUGAUCGUGAAUAUUUAGAAUGGGAAGCACUUGCAAAUGCAUUGGAUUCCGUUGUUUCGAGGAUUUUACUUGUGAAUGAAAGGCCAAAUGUUCAAAAUGGAUUACAAUUAUUGGAAUUAUGUUUGAGUUAUAAUCCACGUGAUCCAUGGCUUUUAUCGAGUUUACUCUCAUGUAUUAGUGCAUUAUUUGUAUUUCUUUCAAUGUCAACUGGUUCAAUGGCAAUGCCAGGUGUUGCAAUAUUACCGCGUGUUCUUGAAAAAAUAUUUGCCGCUUUAGUUUAUAUGGAACCUGGUGAAACCAAAGAAACACGUUCAAAAUCAACAAAAACUGUUAGACGACACGCUGCUAGUUUAAUGGUGAAAAUUGGCUAUAAAUAUCCAUUAUUAUUGUUACCUGUUUUUGAACAAAUUCACACGACUGUUCGCGGUUUGGUACGUGAACCAAGUCAAUUAUCACGAAUGGAAAGUGUCUUUUUGUACGAGGCAUUGCUUUUAAUUUCAAAUCAUUUUUGUGAUUACGAGAGACAAACGAGAUUUGUCGCAGAGGUGAUUGGCGAGGCAGCGACGAGAUUUGUGACAAUUGGAACGGAGGCAUUUAAGGGGCCAUUGGAACUGAUAAGAUUUAUUGGCUUAGAUCAAAUGCCAGUGGAAAAUGGCUACGACGAUCCAGCGGGAAUUAAUCGUUCGGAUUUGAUGUAUUGUAUUUUGACUGUAAUGAGUGUUGUGAAACGAUGCUCGAUUCCUGAGGAUCCGGAUCGUGCGGCACGCGGUGGAUUUGUUGGUGCACUUAGUGAAAGUGGAAAUCCAGUUUAUAGAAAUCCAUCAACACCUCAUAUUGUGCCGGUGUUGAGGACAUUUUUUGAAUUUUUACGAUCGAUGAAUGCACUUUUUACACCGCCUGCACUUGCUCUUCUCUCCGAGGGAUACAGAGGCGUUUUUGGUCUUCUUGAAUCUGAGAGAGCACAUUUAUUGGGUUUAAAUACGUCUAAUAAUAAUGACGCGGCUGUUGAAUCAGAUUAUACAGCAACUCCGCCAUUAGCAAGAAUGCAAUCAUUUUUAAGUAAUAUUCACGAUCAUUGCUAUCAUAUGUUGGGCAGUGGUUGUCAUACUAUUGGAAGAGAUUUAUAUCAAAUUCCUGGAUUUGCGCACGCACUUUUAAAUUCCGUUUUUUCCAAUAUGGAGGUCAUUCCAGAUCAUCGAUUACGUCCAAUUAUUCGUGUUUUUAUGAAGCCUUUUGUAUAUUUUUGCCCGCCAGCGUUUUAUGAAACAGUUCUUGUUCCUGUUUUGGCUCACGUAUCGACUCACAUGUGCCAAAGACUGAGUGCCAAAUGGCAAUAUAUGGCACAAUUGUACGAGUCAGGGAGUCUUGACGAGGAAAAUGCGGACACACAGGAAGUUAUUGAAGAUAUGUUGAAUAGAAAUUUGACAAGGGAUUUUGUCGAUGUAUUGAAAGUUGCUCUAGUUGGAGGAGCGGCAAGCGAUGCAUCGCCACCUGAUUCCAUGGACCAAGAUAGCGGUGGAAUGGCCGUUGAUCCGCCAAUUAGAGGAAAUAGCAUUGUCGCCGAGGCCGUUAGCGAAUUGGGUUCCUUUGUCCUUAGACAUCCAUCAACAUGUCACAGUGUUGUACUUUGCGUUCUUGGGGCUUUGUCUUGGAACGAUACGAAUGCAAGUUUAAAAGCAACAAUGCUAACUGGUCCAGUGGUUCGUGCAUUGGCUGCCGAUGGUAGUUUAACGCCUGAAAUGGCAACUCAUAUAAUGCGUGCAAUACUCCAGGGACUUCAACUUCAUGGUCAACAUGAGGCAAAUCAGGGUUCACUUGUCACAUUGGGCGCACAAGUUUACGAAUGUCUUCGGCCAAAAUUCCCCUGUAUUAUUGAAGUUAUGCAACAAAUUCCCGGUAUUAAUCCAGCUGAUUUGCAAAGAUUCGAUGAGAAAAUGUCCGUUGUCAGUACAAGGGGGAAUAAAGUCGAAAAAGGAAAGAAGGAUCUUUUCAAAAAAAUCACUAAUCAGCUUAUCGAUAAAAAUAUUGGACAGCUUUAUCGAAAAGAAGUGAAAAUUGCAAAUUUGCCACGUCUUCAAAUACCGAAGAAAAGUGAAUUUAUUCGCGUAGAUGAAAUAUCGAAAAAUUCUAGUGAAACUGGUCUUGCUGUUCUCUUUGCUGGACCCACGUAGCAUACGGAGUCAUCAGUUGGUUUAGCUCAAUAAACAAAGAGGAAUAAAAAAAAAAAAA